UUGUCCUUCAGAGGACACCAUACUCCCAACUCAGAUGACCCUGGUGGUGACCUCCACUCCAGCCACUGAGGCGAGCACCAUGACGGCCACGUCAGGGACAGAGAAUCCAACCACUGAUCCACCUGACGACGGGAACACGCCCAUUCUGAUUGGCUGCCUGGUGACCAUCAUCCUGCUGUUGGUCAUCAUCAUCUUCCUCAUCCUCUGGUGUCAGUACGUCUGCAAGGUGCUGGAGAAGGCUCCACGUCGGAUCCUGGACGAGGAGGUGACGGUUCGACUGUCAUCCUGCAGCGACACCAUCAUCCUACAGACCCCCCCGGUGCCCCCCCGCUCUGGACACAGCCCUGCAG